AAUAUUUUAAUAAUGGAAAGCACUUUACUGGGGAAUUUGUAUUCUUUGAAAACAGUAAUUGUCAAUUUAAUCACAUAAAGUCAAAACCACGCGGUUAACUUAUUGACUACGUAAGCUAUUGCGAAAUUUACAUACAUUUAAGGACAUAAUGUCUCUGUGGCAAAUAGCAAUUACAGGACUCAUUGUGAUUUCUAUGAUAUACAUAAUUUAUUAUUAUUGCAAUGCUUCGACAUGUUCAGCCAGUCGUAGGAGACGUAGCCGGAGAUGUAACCGGCAUGAUGGGGCAGAAGAUGGAGAAAGAAGACCUAGCAUCUACACGGUUCAGGUUCCUAUAGAGAAUCCAUCGCCCAACGCAAGAUUAGAUUUGAACGGACUAUCUGACCUGCCUCCAUCAUAUGACGAAGUCAUAAAACAAAAUUCAAAUUACUUACAACUUGAUCCGAAAUCUAACACGACUGAUGUGACUUGAAGGCAGUCUGGCAGAUAUUUUAAAUUACGCAUAUAAGUUUGAUUGUGAAUUUCUAGAAUUAGUUAAUAAAUUUCUAUAUAUUAAUAUAGUAAUACACAUUUUUGCAAUUGGAAAGUUAGUACGCAUAACAAGAUAAUGUCCAGAUUUCAA